AUGGCCGCCGCUAAGGCGGUGGACGCGGGCGCGCUGUUCCGCGUGUUCACGGCCUGCCCCAACGACCCCCGGGUCCUGAUCCUGGACGUGCGCCCUUUGAAGCAAUUUAAGCGCGGCCACGUGCUGCACUCAUUCUGUGUGCGGCUGAGCGCGGACGGGCGCGCGCUGCUGGACUACUCCCAGGCCUCGUAUGACGUCACGUGGAGUCAGGACUGCUGGUGGGGCCGCCCCGUCAUUGCCUACGGCCCCGCGGGGCUGUCCAAGGAGCACCCCGUGUUGGCCUUCCUGUCCAAGGAGGGGCGCUGCGCCUCCCUCGGAUACUUCAAGGACGGGUUCGAGGCGCUGGAGGCCAAGCACCCAUACCUGGUGACGGCAUCUGUCAAGCAGGGCUGCAUCAAGCACAUCUGCACCAUCCACAAUCACCCUGAGAACCUGGUGGUGCCGCCUGGGAUCAAGCAGCUGCGGCUGGAGCUGCCCGAUGUAGAGGGUGCUGACAUCAGCCAGCACUUCAACCCGGCCUACGAAUUCCUGUCGGAGGGGGCGCGCCUUAAAGAGCCCGCCCUGGUGCACUGCGGUGCGGGCGUCAGCCGCUCUGCCGCCCUGGUAGCGAUGUUCCUGAUGCGGUCAACCCCGGGCGUCACCGCCAGGGCGGCGCUGGACCGCGUGCGCGCGGCGCGCAGCAUGGUGCUGCCCAACGAUGGCUUCUGGCGCGUGCUUUGCGCGCUGGAGGCCGGCCUCGGGGUGCCGCAGCAAGACAGGAGCGACCCGAACGCCACCACCGGGUUUGCGGGCGCUGACGCGCCCGUGGUGGAGUUGGCUAAGGACGCGGCUGGGGAGAGGGUGGCGGACGCCGUCGCGGCGGCCGCUGCGGCGGCGGCCGCGCGCGGCCAGAAGGGUUGGCUGCUGGUGUUCGGCGUAUCGAAGCCGGAGGGCCCGGUGGGCAAGGUGGUGCUGGGCCCCGUCGGCCCCCACCAGCGCAUCGUGUUUGGCCGCGCCCCGGCCCCCGCGUGUGACGUCACUUUGGAGCACCUGUCUGUCAGCCGCCAGCACGCGGCGCUGACUGUGGACGGCGCCGGCGGCGUCCUGGUGACAGACCUGGGAAGCGCGCACGGCACACGGCUGGGGGACACGUGGAUCAAGGCCCAGGUGCAGAGGGGCGUGCCGCAGGGCGGCGUGCUGCGCUUCGGCGCAAGCACGCGCGCGUACACGCUCGAGCGGAUCGAGAAGGUGGCCUGA